CCGCCUCACUCCCUCAUCGCUGGCUCGGCGCUCGUCCUGCCCGGAUCCCGGGCCUCGGCCCCUAGCGUAGCCAGACGCGGCUGGGCCGCGGCUCUUUCAGUCCCGCGCGGUCGGGAGCCGCCAGCUGCCGCUGCCCCGCCUGGGAGCCGAGAGUGUUGUUUUGCACAAGCUACAAGGGACGAUGGCACUUUCUCUUCAUUAGCUCAGUUGUUUCAUCAGACAUAAUGCUACUGAACAGCAUAUUGCUGUUCCACUGCUGCUAAGACUCGGGGGACAGCAGUAUCCCACGAGUGAACAAAACACCAUGGCAUCAAACUACCCUCCUCCAUUUGAUGACCCUGUGGAAGUGAGAGAGGGUUUUCUGUGUCCACUGUGCCUGAAGGAUCUGCAGUCUUUCUAUCAGCUUCAGUCUCACUAUGAAGAAGAACACUCAAGUGAGGACAGAGAUGUCAAAGGACAACUCAGAAAUCUAGUCCAAAAGGCCAAAAAAGCAAAGAAGAAGCUAUUGAAACGAGAAGGAGAUGACCGAACUGAUACUGGGGCUCAGGAGCGAUACGAGUCUUUCAGCUAUGGUGGAGUAGAUCCAUACAUGUGGGAGCCCCAAGAACUGGGUGCCAUGAGGAGCCAUCUUUCUGAUUUCAAGAAACACCGAGCAGCUAGGAUUGAUCAUUAUGUUGUUGAAGUCAAUAAAUUAAUAAUCAGGUUAGAGAAGCUUACAUCAUUUGACAGAACAAAUACAGAGUCAGCUAAAAUAAGAGCUAUAGAGAAGGCUGUUGUGCCUUGGGUCAAUGAUCAGGAUGUACCAUUCUGCCCAGACUGUGGCAACAAGUUCAGCAUUCGGAACAGACGUCACCACUGCCGCCUUUGCGGGUCUAUCAUGUGCAAGAAGUGUAUGGAGCUUGUCAGCCUUCCGUUGGCGAGCAAACUGACCAGUGCCAGCAAAGAGGCCCUGGCCUCUCAUACCAGUCCAAACUCCUCACCUAAUAGUAUCCAUGGUUCCCGUCGUGGCAGCAUUAGCAGUGUAAGCAGCGUGAGCUCAGUUUUGGAUGAGAAGGACGAUGACAGAAUCCGCUGCUGUAGGCACUGUAAAGACACCCUACUCAAAAGAGAGCAACAGAUUGAUGAGAAAGAAUACACACCGGAUAUUGUGAAACUCUAUGAGAAACUGCGACUUUGCAUGGAGAAGGUUGACCAGAAGGCUCCGGAAUACAUAAAGAUGGCAGAAUCAUUAAAUGCUGGGGAGACAACCUACAAUCUUGAACAUGCUAAUGACCUGAGGGUGGAGGUGCAGAAAGUGUAUGAGUUAAUAGAUGCUUUAAGUAAGAAGAUUUUGACUCUAGGCUUGAAUGAAGAGCCUCAACCUCAUCCCAAAACUCUACAACUUCAGAGAAUGAUUAGAUACUCAGCUACCCUUUUUGUACAGGAAAAACUGUUGGGUCUGAUGUCCCUGCCAACCAAAGACAAGUAUGAAGAACUGAAAGAGAAAAGAAAACAAGAGAUGGAUAGAAAACUGCACAUGGAAAGACAGGCAACACUCGAAACGCAGAGACGACUGGAGGAAAAGCAGAAAGAUUUGGUUUCCCGAUCCACAGCUGCACCCAAUGGUGAGGUUCCUUAUCCAAAAAGAGGCACAGUAAAGAAAUCUGAAGGUUGGUUACCUACAUCCAGCUUACCUCGCCAAAGGGAAAUAGCCGACCCACUUCUUCAGCAGAUCGACAAUAUUACAUCCUUUAUUAAGCAAGCAAAGGCAGCUAAUCGGUUAGAUGAGGUCCGUAUGUUGCAAGAGAACCUGCGACAGCUUCAAGAUGAAUACGAUCAGCAGCAGACUCUGAAAGCUAUUGAGCUUUCUAAAAGGCAGGCAGAGGAGGAAGAGAUGCAGAGGGAGCAGCUUCAGGUCCUUCGUGAGAAGGAGUGGGAAAGGGAGCAACACAAAGCAAUGUCUCAACACUCAAGGACACGUUCUCUAGACUUCAGAGAAGUGAAGCAGCACCAGCAUGAAUCUGGAAAAGAAAACCUGAACCAGAUAGCACAGUCUUUGGACUUAGAUACCACUCAGAUCAAAAGCAGCCCAAGUUCUAAAACACCGUCUCCAGAUGCUGUCCAGAAACAGGUACCUAAAGAGAAUUCAGUCUUCCCAAUCAAACCCAGAGAAGGCCCACAAUACAUCAGGGAGACAGACCAAAAUCAGACACUGUUGCUAAACCCUUUUGAAGAUGAGGCAGAUACUCUUCAAGUAGAAGAAGACCCUGCUAACACAUUGGCUAGAGACAGUUCUCAGGUGGUUUCUUUGCCCACCAAAGCCCUGCACAGCGAUAAAAAAGAAUAUAAUCCAUUUGAAGAUGAUGAGGAAGAUCAGCAAACAAAUGGGGCAACUGUUUAUGCUCCAAAUCCCUUUGAAGAUAAUGGAAAUCCAUUUCAAAAGUCUGUGAAUGAUCAGAAUUCUGGUAAUCCAUUUGAAGGGUUGUCUUCUACCAAUCCCUUUGAAGUUGAUGAUAAUGAAAUCUCAGGAGAGGACAUUAUAGAAGAAGAACUCCUUCUCCAACAGAUUGAUAAUAUCAAGGCUUAUAUUUUUGAUGCCAAACACAGCGGACGGAUGGAUGAGGUGGAGGUACUGACAGAGAACUUAAAAGAACUUAAGCGCACAUUAGCAAAGCAGAAAGAGAAAUCCAAGUGCUGAAGCAAUAAUACGUCCACAUAAAAAUAACUUUAUAGUCCACUGUUAAUGCUGGAGGAUGGAGCAAAUUGAAUUUAAAAAUAAGGAGCACAGGUUACAAGAAGGAAUGAUGAGAAGAAUCUUGAAUUUUGUGCUAUGCACUUUCAUUUAGGUGUUUCCACUACUAUUCGGAUUUGGAGAAUAAAACUGAAUAUUCUAAUACUAUUAUAUUAUUCUCAAACCCGUUUAAUGAUACAAACUUUAAAUAGUAUGAACUUUGUCACAACAACAUUUUUAAAUUGUUAAUUAUCAUCACAUGCUUAUUUCUGGGCAAAAUGGGAAAGUGCUAAUAGGGAAAUAGAUGAUUCAAAAAUAUCUGUGAUGAUGCAGACAUCAGUCUGCCAUUUUUCCUUCUUCCUUUGGCUUUGUUGCAAUAUUAUAGGUCAGCCUUUAAAACUGGACUUCCAUUAAUAAGUGACCAACAUUAUUGUCUAAAAUUUUUGUGCAUCAGAUGUUUCCCCUGAAAAUGACUUAGUGCAAGUUGUUAUAGGCUAGUUCAACUGCCUUAUUGUGCUACAAGGAAGUGCUGUUAAAAAGCAGGCUGCUAUGAUUCUUUGAGCUGCAGAAUAUAAAAGCUACAGAUCAAUUUGUGCAAUGCAAAUAUGUAAAGGGAUUUUUAGGGAUUUAAAAACAAAUUUGAUAACUGUGAUCUCAUAGGUGUUUGGGAAUUUUUUGUAAUAAAAAAGCCUUGCAUGCUGCCACUU